UUCGGAGAAAGGAGGAGGGCAAUGUGGUCAUUUGAUGAAACCCUAGGGUGAUCUCCCUCGAAUAUACAUCCGCCAUUUUCAACGCUCGGGAGCUCUUCCCUCUACUCAGCUGCAGAGUGUGCAGUUCCGUUCAUCGCGCUCCCGGCGACCUUCUCAGGUCAGCUUUUGAGUUGCAAUCAUGGCGGAUGGAUCGCAGCGUCCAUCUAUAUUUCAGAAAAUACAUUGGCAGUCUUACCUCAUAUCGAGGCUUUCUCCAAACGUGUGCCCAAGGAGCUAUGGGGCAGAGAAUCUGACUGGCAGAUAUACCUAUGGAAGGUCACAAAGUUCUUUGCAUCCAGCAUUUCAAGGCACUGGUCUGGAACUUGUGUCACCCCUUUCUCCUGUUCUUGUUCAAGCUCCCUCCGAGAAAGGUGUAAAAGGUUUUCUAGCUGACUUUCUCAUGGGAGGAGUCUCUGCUGCCGUAUCCAAGACAGCUGCUGCUCCAAUUGAACGUGUUAAAUUGUUGAUCCAAAAUCAGGAUGAGAUGAUCAAGACUGGAAGGCUAUCUGAACCGUAUAAGGGAAUUACCGAUUGCUUUGCCAGAACUAUUAAGGAUGAAGGUGUGAUUGCUCUCUGGAGAGGCAACACAGCCAACGUCAUCAGAUACUUCCCAACCCAGGCCUUGAACUUUGCAUUCAAGGAUUACUUUAAGAGGUUGUUCAACUUUAAGAAAGACCGUGAUGGAUACUGGAAAUGGUUUGCUGGUAACUUGGCUUCCGGCGGUGCUGCUGGUGCUUCAUCUCUUCUGUUUGUCUACUCCCUAGACUACGCCCGAACACGUUUGGCUAAUGAUGCAAAGGCUGCUAAGAAGGGCGGUGAGAGGCAGUUUAAUGGUUUGAUUGAUGUUUACAAGAAGACCCUUAAAUCUGAUGGCAUUGCUGGCCUUUAUCGUGGGUUCAAUAUCUCGUGUGUUGGCAUCAUUGUGUAUAGAGGGCUGUACUUCGGAAUGUACGAUUCUCUGAAGCCUGUGGUUCUGGUUGGAGGGUUGCAGGAUAGUUUCCUAGCUAGUUUCUUGCUUGGAUGGGGAAUCACAAUUGGCGCUGGACUUGCUUCCUACCCGAUUGAUACUGUACGUAGACGGAUGAUGAUGACCUCUGGAGAGGCUGUGAAGUAUAAGAGUUCCUUGGACGCAUUCAACCAGAUUGUCCAGAAAGAAGGUACCAAAUCACUCUUCAAGGGUGCCGGUGCGAAUAUUCUCCGUGCCGUUGCAGGCGCUGGUGUGCUGGCUGGAUAUGAUAAGCUGCAGCUUAUUUUGUUCGGCAAGAAAUACGGAUCUGGCGGUGGCUAAUAGGAGCAUGGUAAGGGAGAUGAUGACGAAUAUGAAAGCAUUAAGUAGGCUAUCCUUGGAAUCUUGAAAUAAUUCGGACAAGGAGACUGCUUUCAUCAAUUUCUUUCUUUUUUGUGGAUUGAAAUUCGGAAGUGAGUGCCUCAAAGACUUGAUGCUGCAUGUUUUUCCUUUGCGCCUUUGUGAAUCGUCUUGUAAGAGUAAGAUUUUGUAUCCACUUGAACCUUUUCGGCGCUUGUAGCUCGUAGAAGGGCUUGUCAGGCGGAAAUCCUGUUCUCCAUGGGAGAUUGUGUUCUGUGAAUAUUUUGGAAGCAAUUACAGCGUGGUCUCGAAUUUCAGUU